AUGUCUCCUCUUCCCCCUCUCAGUCUGGAGAGAAAUCUCGGGGCGCUGCCAACCUUGGUAUCCUUCCGAGUUUCCGUCCAAUGGUGUGCAAUGGUCGGUGCUCUGGCCACAGUUGAAAACUGGGGAGUACCAAAAAAACCGUUGAGCAGUAGCAAAAGGACCCUGUCCCAGUACCAAGAGAAAACCCCGGCUUUGGUAGCAUCAGUGUCCAGCUACCCAGCCAAGCCAGCAACAGCGGGGGCCCACCUAGAUGCACUCAAUUGCCAUUUUGCAUCCUUGGUUUCGGACUUUUUGUUAUCAAGAGCUGCAUCAGCCCCUCACCCGCCUGCACGCUUUGAUAGCAAAAGAACCGCUGGCUUGGCAACUGACAAUGGACAGCCCGUUGGGAGACAGCCACGGCACAACAGUUUGCAGCGUGCCCACGUUGUGUGGUCCAUCUGCGAUUUCUUCAUGGCAAGCAUUUAG